UAAUAAUCGCCAGGGUAUUUAUGGCCAGGGUUGCGGGCGGCCUCGGGGGAGCCCGGAGACCGCGCGGGGCAGCGGAUGAGGCGCAGUGGCCGUAGCCCAGGGCACCUCCCCCCGGCUUCCCGAACGCUGCCCUGUCCGACCCGAGGGGGAGGAUGGAAACACCAGCUGCGCUCUGAGCCCCUCAGGAAGAUAACACCCUUCCCGCCACAUCACCCCGUGAUCCACGAGUCCAUCUCCCAGAGCUGGGCUGAGCGGAAAAAACGAGCGAUGGCGGAUAACCUGAGGAAACUUGUCUCCACCGAAUCUUUACGGUCGAUGCAGGACAAGCUAGAGAACUGGCUGAGGGAGUACAAUAACAACUCAUGUGAUCAAAAUCUAAAUUAUUGCCUGGAGCUCAUCGAACAAGUUGCCAAAGUGCAGGGACAGCUCUUUGGGAUCCUCACUACAGCAGCCCAGGAAGGAGGGCAUUAUGAUGGUGUGGAAACAAUCAAAUCACGCCUUUUGCCUUGGCUGGAGGCCUCCUUUACUGCCGCUUCCCUGGGGAAACCUGUCGACAGCAAGGUCCCCUCUCUACAGGACACGUUUGAUAAGGAGAGACAAAAAGAGUCUGUUAUUCGGGAUCGGAACAUACAUCAACUAGAUGCUGAUUUGAACACAACUCGUAAUCAACUCAGCCAGGUUCAAGACGAUCUGGCUGAAACUGAAAAGACUCUUGAAGAAACCAAGAAAAGAUCGGCCAUAUCCCUUUUGGCUGCAGAGGAGGAAAUAAAUCAGCUAAGAAAGCAGCUUAAAUGUCUUCAAGCCCAGGAGGAAUCCCGCCACAGACCCCCAGAGCAUAGGAGCUCAGAGAAGCGGGGCUCGGAGCGUAGGAGAGUGGAGCCGCGGGGCGCAGACAGGUGCGGCGCAGACAGGUGCGGCACAGCCCAGCGGAAAGCAGAAGAAAUAUGUGAUUAUGAGAAACAGCUCCGAACGCUGAAGGAUGAGAUAGCUGUUCUUUCUGCUGAAAAAUCUGUGCUCCAAGGAAGGUCCACCAGGAGCCGGUCUCCUAGCCCUGCCUCUCGCAGCCGCAGCCGCAGCCACAGCCACAGCCGCAGCGGCAGCCGCAGCCACAGCCGCAGCGGCAGCCACAGUCGCAGUCACAGUCGCAGUCACAGUCGCAAUCACAGCCGCAGCCGGUCCGCCAGCCCCUCCACCGCGGUCUCCAGGGUCCGCAGCCCGUCCCCGAAUCGCGCCAAACUGUCCAGCGUGGCGCGCAAGGCUGCCCUGCUGUCCCGGUUCAGCGAUGCCUACUCCCAGGCCCGCCUGGAUGCGCAGUGCCUGCUGCGGCGCUGCAUCGACAAAGCCGAGACCGUGCAGCGGAUCAUCUACAUUGCCACGGUGGAGGCAUUCCAUGUAGCCAAAAUGGCAUUCAGACAUUUCAAGAUCCGAGUGAGGAAAUCAUUGACACCGUCUUACGCGGGGUCAAAUGACUUUGAAGAUGCCGUCUUGGAUUAUAUCAUUUGUCAUCUCGAUCUAUAUGAUUCCCAGAGCAGUGUUAACGAUGUGAUCCGAGCCAUGAAUGUCAAUCCCAAGAUUUCAUUCCCUCCUGAAGUUGACUUUUGCCUCCUCAGUAACUUCAUCCAGGAGAUAUGUUGCAUUGCCUUUGCAAUGCAGACACUAGACCCACCCCUAGAUAUUGCAUUUGGGGCCGAUGGAGAAAUUUUUAAUGAUUGCAAGUACCGUCGAAGCUAUGACUCCGACUUCACAGCUCCCUUGGUGUUUUAUCACGUGUGGCCUGCUCUCAUGGAGAAUGACUGUGUCAUUAUGAAAGGAGAAGCUGUCACCAGGAGAGGGGCUUUUGUACGGUGGCCUUGCAUAGUGACAAUUCAUCCCAAGUGUUUGAUUCACAAGUUCGAGAACAUUUAUAAACCCAGAGAUUCUAUAAAGAAAUUCAUAAAGGGUUGUUGGAUAAGAUCUCAUACAAAGGAGAGGAAGGGGACUGCCUGGGAAAGAACAGAUUCUCUUCUUUGACUUGUCCAUGAAUUUUCUUAAUUUCCUGGCAAUAAUUUCUUUGUUCCUUUUUUAAGAUAGAACUAGGCAUACUUGCCUGCUCCACCUUAGAAAUAUUAUUCUACUGUAAGGACAAAUCCCUUUGAGCUCACUGAGGAGGUCUUCUAGAAUUCUAAGCAUUUAAAAGUGAUCAGUUAACUUUCAGGAAAGAGUUGGCCAAAUUUUUAUGGACAAUUCUCCAUUUUAUGAUAAAUAUGCCCUGUCUUUCUCUCCUUGGUAUGAUGUGUAGGGAGGGGAGGGAUAGAGAAAAAAGGGCAAAGAGGAGUUCCCGUGGUGGUGCAGUGGGAACGAAUC